AUGGAAAUAUUGGGAGCAUGGCAAGCCUGGGAGGAGGAUGGCAGGACCAGGAGGGUGGCAGAGGCACUGACGUGGGAUGGGAAUGGCAAUGGGAAUGGUGAGGGGCUGGGUUCCAGACGAGUUUGUGACCCUCUGCCCCAACAUCUCCGCAGGUUCCACCGCGGGGACUACACGGUGGAGGUGAGCAUCAACGACUACCUGGACAUCUACUGCCCUCACUACGAGGAGCCGCUGCCGGAGCGGAUGGAGAGGUACAUCCUCUACAUGGUCAACUACGAGGGCCACGCGUCCUGCGACCACCGGCAGCUUUGCCGCUUUCCCCUCAAUCCACCCCCUUUGUCCCCUUUUCCUCCUGCAGCCGCCUCCCCCCCGAACACGGUGGACAGGCCCUGCCUGAAGCUGAAGGUUUAUGUUCGGCCAACAAACGAUUCCCUCUACGAGUCCCCGGAGCCCAUUUUCACCAGCAACAACUCCUGCUGCAGCCUCAGGCUCCGCAUUCUCCCAUCUCUGGGUGCCCCCAGCUCUGUCCUCCCUCGCCGGCCCUGA